AUGGAAGAGCCAAUUAUUGAAAAAAAGCAUAUUACAGUUAAACUUCGUUUUUCAACAGGUGACAUUAUGGAUUAUAAUUUUGAUCUUAGUCAACUAACCGUACUACAAUUCAAAGAAAGGCUUGCCAUUCCAACAACUAUACCUGCUAAUAAAAUGAGAUUAGUUUACUCAGGAAGAGUAUUAAAAGAUGAAGACUUGGUAGAAAGUUACGGUGUCAAAGAAGGACAUACAAUACAUGUUGUUCGAAGUGCUGCUAAUCGUGCUGCUGAACAAGCUGCAAAUUCUUCAACGAACAACAAUUCUAGGAAUCCCAAUAACAAUCCAUCAAUAAAUCCAUUUACUUUGAAUCUUUUGGGUCUGGGCGGAAGCUUUGACCAAGAUCAUUUACUUUCUAAUCCUGAAAUAGUAAGAUCUAUGGUCAUGCAAAAUCCAGCAAUGAGACAAAUGAUUGAAAGAAAUCCUGAAAUUGGUCACAUCAUUACAAUGGAUAUGGCAAGAAAUCCUGAAUUAAUGAGGGAAAUGAUGAGAAAUAAUGAUCGAGCUUUAGCAAACCUUGAAACUAUACCUGGAGGUUUUAAUCACCUACGGAGAAUGUAUCACACACUACAAGAACCACUUGAAUCUGCUGGUCGAAAUAAUGAACAAUUAUCAGAGGCAGCUAAUCAACGUCUUGCCCAAAUUUUAAAUGUUGAAAAACCACCAGAGGGCCGUAUAAAUACCACGCCAUUACCAAAUCCAUGGGCUCCAAGGAAUAACAAUAAUCUUGGAAGUUUAGGCGGGAUAACAUCAUCAGGAAAUGAAUACCAUCCUUUAGUUUAA